UUAACUUCAGACUUCACAAUUUUCGCUCUCACUUUACGAAAAUUGUGAGGUCUGAAAUCAACAGCUGAAAGCUUUUUAACAGAAUCGCCCAGCUCUGAUAAAUGGAUAUAAAUAGAAUCAAACAAAAUUAUUAGUUUGUUUAUUUUUCUCAAAUUUUGAAUUAUAAAAGAAAGUAUGGAUCUCAGUAAAGUGUUUCAUCCUAUCAUUACAUCAAUACAAAAAAUAGCUUUAUAUGAAACAAAAUCUCAUUUUUAUCUAAUGGGUUCAAAUAAUACAUUAACUAGAUUUCGAGUUCUCAAAAUUGAUAGAAUGGAACCAAAAAAUUUACAUGUUAUAGAUGAUAAGAUAGAAUAUACUCAAGAUGAAAUAAGAGAUCUUGUAAAAAUGAUUGAUUUAGGUAAUCGAAAUAAAACUAAUCAAAAAAACAAUACAAGUGGAGUUAGUAAAUUAGUUUCUGCAUUCGGCAUUAUUGGCUUUAUACGAUUUUUAGAAGGAUACUACAUAAUUCUUAUUACUAAAAGAAGAAGAGUGGCUGCAAUCGGGCAUCAUACAAUAUACAAAGUAGAAGAUUCGACAAUGAUAUAUAUUCCAAGUGAUACUAUACGACACUUCCAUCCUGAUGAGCAAAGAUACGUGAAAAUGUUUCAGAGUAUAGAUUUAAGCAGCAAUUUUUAUUUUAGUUAUUCUUAUGAUUUAACACAUACAUUGCAACAUAAUAUGAUUGUAACCAAUUACUUGCAAAAUAAAAAAAUAUCUAAUAGUAUUUCUUCAAUAUUAAAAGAAAAUGAAAAUAACCAUGCACAAAAUUCUUUUGACAUGUCGGCAUUCCAAGCAGAAGUAGACGAAAAUAGAUAUUAUAGUGCUAAACAGGAGUAUGGAAUUUGGAAUAAUCCUUACCGACGUUUUAUCUGGAAUUCGCAUCUAUUAUCACCUGUCGCAAAUGAGCUGCACAGGGAUUGGUUAGUACAUAUAAUUCAUGGUUUUGUCGGUCAAUCGAAUGUAAGUGUAUAUGGGCGAUCAUUAUACAUUACAAUUAUAGCAAGAAGAAGUAAUAAAUAUGCUGGAACAAGAUUUCUUAAGCGAGGUGCUAAUUUUGAAGGUGACGUGGCUAACGAAGUAGAAACAGAGCAAAUAGUCCACGAUUCCAGUGUUAGUUCAUUAUAUUCUGGACAUUUUAGUUCUUUUGUUCAAAUGCGAGGUUCCGUACCAGGUCAUUGGAGUCAAGAUGUUAGUAAAAUGGUACCCAAACCAAUUAUCACUACAGAUAUAUAUGAUCCUUUCGUACAAGCAGCAGGGGCUCACUUCAAUAAUCUUCUAGAAAGAUAUGGAUCACCAGUUUUCAUACUAAAUCUAGUUAAAAAGAGAGAGAAAAGAAAACAUGAAAGCACAUUAAGUGAAGAAAUCAGCAUGGCUAUUAAAUAUUUAAAUCAAUUUUUACCUCUAGAACAUCAUAUUCAAUAUAUAAGUUUUGAUAUGGCUAGAAAGAAUAAAGGGAAAGAGGCUAAUGUUAUGGAGCGAUUAGCUAAUAUUGCAAAUAAUGCUGUUUUAAAAACAGGUAUUUUCCAUUCAUCAAAUUAUUCCUAUAAAAAAUCUCAAAUUCCUUACCAAAAACAAGGUUUUGGAUUGCAAAUAAACUCCACUUCAUUAGUAAAAGAAGUCCAAAAUAUAAAUCUGUCGAUUAACUAUUUUAACAUGGAUAACGUUAAGAAAGUAAAUAAUGAAAUCCAGCAAUUAUUUUCAAAGCAAAAAACAUUUCAGAAUGGUAUUAUAAGAACUAAUUGUGUUGACUGUUUGGAUCGUACAAAUACAGCCCAAUUUGCUAUUGGUAAAUGUGCAUUAGAAUAUCAAUUAUAUAGUUUGGGCGUAUUAAAUUCACCAUUAUUAGAAUUUGAUACAGAUUGUGUUCGUUUACUUGAAGAACUUUAUGAAGAUCAUGGAGAUACACUAGCUCUUCAAUAUGGAGGUUCACAACUAGUUCACAGAAUCAAAACUUACAGAAAAACUGCUCCAUGGACUAGUCAGGGAAAUGAUAUUAUGCAAACGUUAAGUAGAUAUUAUAGUAAUACAUUUAGUGAUCAAGAAAAACAGCAUGCUAUGAAUUUAUUUUUGGGCUUAUUCAUUCCAGAAGAAAGCAAACCUCCAAUUUGGGAAUCAGUCACAGAUUACUAUUUACACCAUUCUCUAGCUAGUAAUUAUUCACGAAAAUCUGAUAUGCUAACUCAAUGGUGGAGUGAUAAAAUUUUAGAAUAUCUUCCGUAUCCUUUUUUUGAUGUAAAAAAAGUAUCUUUGGAAACCAUUCAGAUGAAGAACUCUAAAGAGGAACAAAUUGAUAUUUAUUAUGAUUAUUACAGACCAUAUGAAUUAACUCUAUUAUCAGAAACUUAUGCAUAUCAAAUAAGUCAUUCAGUUAGAGAUUUUAUGCCUCAUUUUACUACAAACUUUAGUCCAUUUGUAGUGAGAAUUAGACCAGGGAAAAGAAGAGAAGACUCACAAAGUAGAAAUAUAAAUUUCAAAAAUCCUUCAAUGACAGGUCAAUGUAGUACAAGUAGUACACCUUCUAGUGCCAGUUCAAGCAUUAGUAGUUCGGAUGAAGAAGAAGAAAAUCAUUCAUCUAUUGAUCACCAAAUAUUAUCUCAAAAUAGUCAAGAAUUCACAUUUGAAGGACUUUUUCCAAAUAUGAAAGAGAUGUAUGGUUGUCAACUUGAACACCCAAAACGAAAUGAUGUCCUUUUAUAUAAAAAAUUUAUAUUGAUAGGAAAAAAUUCUUUAUAUAAUAUGGAUCAUUUCAAAUUUUUUACUAAACUGUUCAAUCAAGUAUAUUAUUUUGAUAUUUCCGAGUUCAAAAUUAAAGAUAUCAGCAGCUUCUCUAUUUAUAAACAAUACUUAGAAAGAGCACAGGUAACAAAAUUAGUACCAAAUCAUAACAACAUGGAUUCGUAUGAACGACAUGUAUAUCAGUAUCACCUUAAUCGUAGAAUUUGAAAUUUCAAAUCUUAUGAUAAAACAAAGUGUAUUAGUAAUAAAAAUUGUAUAU